AUGGAAAAAAUAACAGAAAAUAAUAACAUCGUACAAAAUUUCAAAGGAGACUAUCAAGUGAAUAUAGACAGAAACAAAAACCUAUAUGUUGCCGGAAGAAUAAGCGAUAUAGCUCUUAAAAGUGUUUUAAAAAUUGCUAAAUUUUGUUUCAUACCUACAGUCUCUGCCGCUGCAAAAGAUGAUACUCCUAAAAAACCUCCACCGAUGAAAUACAAAGAUCUACCCAUUUACGACUGCCCUCAUUAUCGUUGGAAAGAGUUUGAAAAUGAUAAAAUCAAAUGUCCAGACCGAAAAGUAACCCACGAACUCCUCUUACCAACAGUAACGGAAUACCGCAAGCAAAUAUCAGGAAUUAUCAACACAACUACUAAAGAACUGAAGGACACUUAUACAGAAAUCUCUAGAGAUUAUAGAUCAGCUGAAAAGAAAAUCUUGAACAAAAUGAGAUCACCGGAAUAUAAGAAUCAGAGAAUGGCUUUAGUAGGCGCUGCGGGUGUGUAUGGUUUCGUAAAAGGGAAAUACGUACUUCGGCGUAUCUUUUUAUCUAGUGCACUGUUAUUUGUGACUGGAUCCAUUUGCUUUCCAGAAGAGACUGAUGAAGCCACUAGGACAGUUUUCCAUAUGCUUGGGAAGGCGUUUGUGCCUUUGUACAACUUUUAUUUUGGAACUGAUUGGUUGAUGAGGCAAAGGGUACCCUGUGAAAGGGAUCUGCCUAAGAUACCUACUCCACCUACGAAACCUUUCCCUGCGUGUGCACCGCCACCGAAAAAAUGA